AUGAAGUUACAGCCCGGGGGCAGGGGUUCUGCCUCUGCUGGGCCGCCGGGCUCCGAAACCGAUUGGCGCAUAGCUCCUGGCGCCGGAACGGCUGCGGCGGCACCCAUCUCUAACAACCUUACCAGCACCACCUCCGCCGCGCCGCAGACAUUGCCACCAAUCGAUGGCGACGCGCAAGGUAGCGGUGGCGGCCGUAACGCCGCUGGCGGCGCCGCCUCCGCUGCGGCGGCGGCCACCACCACGCAGCUCACCGGCCUCGCCAAAUCGGACCGUGACGGCGCUUCCCGCCGAACACCCCUUCAUGUGGCCGCGGAACGAGGCCAACUUCAUGUCCUCUCCUCCAUCAUUGAAAACCUGUGCUGUGCAGCUACAGCGGCGCUACUGUCGCCGCCGGAGUCGGGGCCAGAGGAAGAGGAGGCGGUAGGCGCAUCCGCCGCCGCCGCCGGUGGCGGCGGCGGCGGCGGCGGCGGCGGCGGCGGCGAGGAUUCGUACGGCAUGCCCGGGGAGUUCGAAAGUUCCCGGGUUAUGGGGUUCUCCGAGCCGGGGCUGUCAGGCCGCCAGCCGCAGCAGCAGCAGCACCGGCGGGCUAGCGGUAGCGGUAGCGAUAGCAGCGGAAUGGGAGGCCGCAAUUUGACGCAGGACUUUCCGGUCGCUCGCCCCGGAGCCCAUGGCGCGCCUCUUGCGCCGGAGCAGUACAUUCAGUUUCAUUUGAAUAUGCAGGACACGGAGGGUACCACGGCGCUGUCGCUCGCGUGUCGCUCCGGUCACGUGGACUGUUGUCGGCUGCUGCUGGCCAACGGAUCCGCCCGCACACUGGCAGAUGCCCGGGGGAAUACACCGCUGCACUACGCGGCGCUGAGAGGUAGUGUGGGGUGUUAUCGGGGCAGGGGUAGUGGGGGUGGCGGCAGCAGUCACCUGGGGGUGCUGUUCAUGUUGUUGGACGAGUUUUUGGAGCCCGGUCAGCUCCAGGAGGGGGAGGAGGAGGAGCUGAAAGGCUAUCUAGACGCACGCAACCACGCCGGGUGUACGGCACUUCACUACGCGGUGUGGGGUCGCCAGUCCGGUAGUGUGCAGGUGUUGCUGCAGCACGGUGCCGAUGUGCUGCCGCGCAACUGCCGGCCUGCUCAGGAGCUCACGCCGCCGGUGAUGGUGGUGGGUUCAACGCCGCUGCAUCUGGCGGCGGCGCGGGGCCACGUCGAGAUUUGCCGCAUCAUUCUGAAGACGUUUGCUGAGCGUGUCCUGGAGCCGCUUCAGCUCUCCGAGGACGACCCGCAGCCGCCAAGCCUGGCCUCCCUUGACCCACGGGUCCAAGUCAACGCAAACGGUCACAUGCCGUACCAAGUCGCGCAGCGGUUGGGAUUCUACCCGUUAGCGAUGCUGUUGCGUCCCUCAAUCCCCAUUCUGCGGCUUUUCAGUGACGAGGAAAGAGCCGUACGAUUCUAUGGUCCGGUGUCGUUGCGUGCCAUAGCAGCGGAGGCGUUGAAUAAGAAGCUGCUAGGGGAGUUGGACGCCUUGGCGGCGGCGGCUGCGCGGGCAGUACGGAAGCAGCCGCCGCCGGCGCCGCCGCCGCCUGCGGCACAGGAUUCCAUCGUAGCCACUGGCGGCGGCGGAGGCGAAGGCGAAGGCAACGCCGCGCCGCGGCCUGUGUCCGCUCCGGCAUCGUUGGAGGAGCUGGCGGAGGCGGAAGCUAUGGAGACGGAAGAGGCGGCACGCGCCGCCGCCGCCGCCGCUGAAGGACUUCCUCGUGCAAUCGGUACGACGAGCGGAGUUUCAGACGCAAUGCGGACGUCCCCGGGCAGACCCACAAAUACCGCUUCCUUGAUGGCCUCGACAGGGCGGCGUGUCGGCGGACCGACGAGGCAGCUAAAUCUAGAGAUUGCGGUAGCGGGCGGUACAGUGGAACACGAUGGGAGGCCGUCAGCAGUGACGAGGCGGCCUAUGGUUCUGGAGCCGCCGCCGCCGCCAUCGCCGCCGCCGUUGCUCCUGCAGUCAGCUGGCUCAUCGCCGUCAUCGGCGCCGCGGACGCCGCCUGUCGGCGCCCCGGCCGAGCCGCAGCUCCUAUCUCCAUCCGCCGUCUCGCCGCGCCUCGUCUCGCCCAUAUCGACGAUACCGCUGUCACCGUCCUCUGCCGCCGCCGCCGCCGCCGUCACAUCGGCGCCGUCAGCAUCACCCCAACAGCCACAGCCACAGCUGCUCUCCCGGGUUUCCUCCGCGCGCCGGUCCACGCCACCAACGUUGCCUACAUCGACAGCCAGCAACCGCUCGGCUAGUACGGCAACUGUGACGUCGGCAGCGGCGGCGCCGUUGGUGGCGGCGCUGUCGCGCCCACCCAGCGCGACUCGGGCUAACGGUCAACCGACCGACGCAUCGCGCGCACAGGUCCUGCUGAGUUUACCAGGCCAGCCAGACGUUCCAGAGAUGCAGACGCUGCGAGUUGCGCCUGUCGUACGGACAGGCGGCGAGCCGGCGGCGGCGGUGGCGGCAGCGUCGCCGGUAGAAGGCUCCAGCGGCGGCCUGGUGGCGGCUGAAGUGUCGGCGGCUGCUACCAGUGGCGACGCGGCGGACAGCGGCACUGCCGCGGCGUUGUACGGCCCGCGGACCCCGGCGCGACAGCCUUCCGCCAGCCCCUUACACGCGCGAAGUGCUAGACUGCCCAGUUCCCCCAACGGAGCGGUGUCGUACACAUCAGCGGCGGCGACGGCGGCGCUGCCGUUUGCAAGCGUUGCCAUGACGCACGGGACGGCGAGCGGUGGCAGCAGCGGCGGCAUGUCUGCUGCUGCGACGCGACCAUCGACGCGACCAACAACAUCGUCCCUCACGACAUCAAUUUCCGUGGGGUCGACUAUCUCACUUGGCGGCGGCUUGUUCGGUACGACAGCACGCGGCGAUGACGGCGAGCGCCACAGAGCGCUUAUCCGGAUGAGAAGCAAUCCACUGUUCGAAGAUGUUCAUAAUGCGGAUGCUGCUGCUGCUGCGGCGCCGCCGCCGCCGCCGCUGCCAUCGCUUGCGAUUGCUGGCAGCGGCAGUGGUGCCUCGGCGGCGGCGGCGGCGACGGCAGGCAGCAUGCCAUCACUGGCGGAGGUUACCUCUGAAGACGACGAGCAGGGCACUUCGACGGCUGGCCCGAGCGGUGUUGCGGUCACCCGCGUCUCCGUUACCCCUUUCUCAACGAAUCCCAAUGAAUGGUUUGUAGCCCCGGCGCCGCUGACGGCCACCAUCGCGUGA